GUUGGGCGCCUUCUGUGGUUUGCGAUUCCACCUCUAGACUCCCACCAGCACGGUCACUUCCUUCUUUCUGCCCAGUCUAGUCACUCAUUCCCCCACUGAGCUGGCUUUCCUUACGGUCUCUGGCCCUGUUCUUGCCCCAGCAUGACUUUUUUCAGGGCGCCGUUGUAGGAGCCUCCCGCAGGAGCUCUGUUCCCAUGAAGAUCCCACUGGUGACUCUCCAACCCCGCCACCAUGAACGGGGUCUUGAUCCCUCAAACGCCCAUCGCUGUGGACUUUUGGAGCCUGCGCCGGGCUGGCUCCGCCCGGCUCUUCUUCUUGUCCCACAUGCACUCGGACCACACCGUGGGUCUCUCUAGCACCUGGACCCGGCCCCUCUACUGCUCCCCAGUCACCGCUUACCUCUUGCACCGUCACCGACAGGUAUCUAAGCAGUGGAUCCGAGCCUUGGAGGUUGGUGAGAGCCAUGUCCUGCCUCUAGAUGAAGUUGGGCGAGAGACCAUGACUGUAACCCUCAUCGAUGCCAAUCACUGCCCUGGCUCUGUGAUGUUUCUCUUUGAAGGAUACUUUGGAACCAUCCUCUACACAGGUGAUUUUCGGUAUACACCGUCCAUGCUGAAGGAGCCAGCCCUGAGACUGGGGAAACAGAUCCAUACUUUAUACCUAGACAACACCAAUUGCAACCCAGCCCUGGUUCUUCCUUCCAAAGAAGAAGCUGCCCGCCAGAUUGUUGAGCUCAUUCGAAAGCACCCACAACAUAACAUAAAGAUUGGACUCUAUAGCCUGGGAAAAGAGUCACUGCUGGAGCAGCUGGCCCUGGAGUUUCAGACCUGGGUGGUAUUGAGUCCUCGGCGCCUGGAGUUGGUGCAGCUGCUGGGCCUGGCAGAUGUGUUCACAGUGGAGGAGAAGGCUGGCCGCAUCCAUGCUGUGGACCACAUGGAGAUCUGCCAUUCCGCUAUGCUGCGUUGGAACCAGACCCACCCUACCAUUGCUAUCCUCCCCACCAGCCGGAAAAUCUACCGUUCCCACCCCGAUAUCCACAUCAUCCCUUACUCUGACCAUUCCUCCUACCCUGAGCUCCGUGCCUUUGUCGAAGCACUGAGGCCUUGCCAGGUGGUGCCCAUUGUCAGGCGACAACCCUGUAGGGACUACUUUCAGGACAGCCUGAGCCCCAGGCUCUCUGUGCCUCUGAUUCCAGACUCUGUACAGCAAUACAUGAGUUCCUCCUCUAGAAAUCCAAGUUUUCUCUGGCUGUUGUUAGAAAGGAAGCUAAAGAGACUGAGAACCCAGGGUGUCGUGUUUGAAUCCCUUGAGGAAAAUGCUGAUCACUCUCAAGCUGACAGGGACUCGAAGAAGACCAAGAAUGAGAACCUUUCUGGGGAGCUUGAGAAGCAGCCCUCCCACCAUCCUUUGAAGAUCAAGAAGCAGUCGUUCCCGGACGUCUGCAACAAAGAAUGGGAGGGGGCAGUCCCUUCCUCCGAGUCCCAGAAGAUGGUGACUGUAUUGACUGCCCCCUCGGGUUUUUCAGUGCACUUAAGGUCUACAGAUAAAGAAUUUCCCUCUCCGGAAACUGGGGAGGAAAUCGGUGUAGGGCCCUACUUGGUACCCAGGGGAGACAAUGCGGGCUCAGCAGCCACAGGGAACCAGAGAGCCUGGAUGAGCCAGGAUUCUCCCCAGUCUCACAGCAGCAAGGCUGCUCCUCUUCUGGCUCCUGAGUACAGGGGCCUGGCACUCAAAUACCUUCUGACUCCAGUGAACUUUCUCCAGGCAGGGUUCUCUUCCAGGGGCUUUGACCAGCAAGCAGAAAAAUACCAUCAACUCUUGCUCAAGUACAGACAGGAGAGUAUAGAAUGACAACCUUGUUUUGAUUCAA